CAUGACAGAAGCUCGAAACAAAUGACUGUGAAUGAAAAGCCCUAUAAAUGGGCACAUUUUAGAACAGGUCAAUAGAUUAGGUAUCUGGGAUGUUGGAUCGAUAGCAGCCUAAAUGCUGAUCUAAGGAGAAUACAGAACAGCAGAGGGAGAUAUUGGAUUCCAUCAAAAUAAGAAAACUUCAAUACUUGGGUCAUAUAACACGUGGUGAGAUCAGAUAUGAACUCCUAAAAUUAAUUAUGCAGGGAAAGAUUCAAGGAAGGCGCAGCAUAGGUAGGAGAAAAAUGUACUGGCUGAGAAAUCUCAGAGAAUGGUUUGGAUGCAGCUCAACUGAACUCUUUCGGGCUGUAGUGUCGAAAGUGAGAAUAGCAAUGAUGAUUGCCAACCUUCGUCACGGAGAUGGCACGUAAAGAAGAAGUAAAUACCAGUUCAUAAAUAAGCGAAUCUACAUAAUAUAAUUAGUUUGGAGAAUUUUAAACUGGCCGUUAUUUAAAAACUGUCCGUUAGUAGAAGUGGCCGUUAACACAGGUUUUACUGUAUUAUAAAUGGCUUAAAAAAUCUACUGAUGGCUACUGAUUUUUUGAAAGCAAAACUACUGAAGGACUGAAGACAUCAAAACUGACCUGGCAACCCUGGUUUACACACAAAAAUUAUACAAUGACAUCUGGCAUGACAUUUUGUUCUUACUUGUUAUUUAUACUAUUUAUAUCAUAUUAUUAUUUGUUUUUGUUGUUGUAAAUAAUAAAUGUAUAUUAUAUUAAGCAAUAUAAAGAGUGUUUUCCGAGUGUUUAUUUAGGCAAUUCUUCAAAAGUUAUUUCACUUUUUGUGCAAAAUUAAAAUUUGAACAACUCAAAUCACCUCAAGACUCAAGGGUAAUUAAAUGGAAGUCAAACAAGAGAUUAGUGAUGAAACUUAUAAAUUAGAAGCAGAGUAUAAUGAUGAUGCUCUUUCGGAUGGGUUUAAAUGUGAAUUUAAGGAAGAAUCCAACAGGCCUAGUACACAAGGCGAAGGCACAUAUGAUUAUUUAGACUUCAAAGAACAUUCCAUAAAUACUGAAAUAAAACAGCACGAAAAUAAACUUAAUCCAUUUGAAGAAAACCAAAAAAAUGAAAAAGAUUUUCUUCAAGACAACAAAACGGAAAUUAUGAAGGCACUAACUGAACAUUCAUCUCAUGGAGCAAAUCAUAUGAAUGCUGAAGGCAAAACAUCAACUCAAAAUAUGGAAGUGGUAACGGGAAAAAGACCUAACAAAUGUGUAAUUUGUCUUAAACGGUUCAGUGAAGCAAGUAAUUUAAGAGCACAUUUGAGGACACACAGUCUUGAAAAACGUUUUAAAUGUGAAAUUUGUUUGAAGCAAUUUACUAAAAAAGGUAAUUUGAAAAUACAUUUGAAAAUACAUACUGGUGAAAAGCAAUUUCAAUGUGAAAUUUGUUUUAAGCAGUUUCCUCUUAAAUGUACUUUGAAAAAACAUUUAAUAGUUCACACUGAGGAAAAACCCUAUAAGUGUGAAAUUUGUUUUAAGCAGUUUACUGCAUCAAGUUCUUUGAAAGAUCAUUUAAGACUGCACACUGGGAAAAAACCCUACGAGUGUGAAAUUUGUUUCAAGCAAUUCAAUCAACUAGGUAAUUUAAAAGACCAUUUGAAAGUGCACACUGGGGAAAAACCAUACAAAUGUGAAAUUUGUUUUAAGCAAUUUAGUCAUAAGGAAAAUUUGAAAAAACAUUUAAGAGUACACACUGGGGAAAAACCCUACAAUUGUGAAAUUUGUUUUAAGAAAUUUUCUCAACUAAAUAUUUUGAAAGGUCAUUUAAGGAUGCACACUGGAGAAAAACAACAUAAGUGUGAAAUUUGUUUUAAGCAAUUUAGUCGUAAGGAAAAUUUAAAAACACAUUUAAGAGUGCACACUGGGGAAAAACCUUACAAGUGUGAAAUUUGUUUUAAGCAAUAUACUCAACCAUAUGAUUUGAAAAGACAUUUGAGAGUGCACACUGGAGAAAAACCUUACAAGUGUGAAAAACACCAUAAGUGUGAAAUUUGUUUUAAACAAUUUACUCGAGCAUCUGAUUUGAAAAAGCAUUUGAGAGUGCACACUGGAGAAAAACCUCAUAAGUGUGAAAUUUGUUUUAAGCAAUUCAUUCAAGCAAGUUCUUUAAAAAAACAUUUGAGAAUACACACUGAAGAAAACAAGUGUGCAAUUUGUUUUAAGCAAUUUAGUCAAAAGGAACACUUGAAAUCACAUUUGAGAAUACACACUGGAGAAAAACCCCAUAAGUGUGAAAUUUGUUUAAAGCAAUUUAUUGAAGCAAGUAAUUUGAAAAGACAUUUGAAAGUGCACACUGGAGAAAAACCCUAUAAGUGUGAAAUUUGUUUUAAGCAAUUUAUUGAAGCAAGUCAUUUGAAAAGACAUUUGAAAGUGCACACUGGAGAAAAACCCUAUAAGUGUGAAAUUUGUUUUAAGCAGUUUACUGCACCAAGUUCUUUGAAAGAUCAUUUAAGACUGCACACUGGGGAAAAACCCUACAAGUGUGAAAUUUGUUUCAAACAAUUUAUUCAACUAAAUAAUUUAAAAGAACAUUUGAGAGUGCACACGGGGGAGAAACCAUACAAAUGUGAAAUUUGUUUUAAGCAAUUUAGUCUUAAGGAAAAUUUGAAAAGACAUUUGAGAGUGCACACUGGGGAAAAACCCUACAAGUGUGAAAUUUGUUUUAAGAAAUUUUCUCAACUAAAUAUUUUGAAACGUCAUUUAAGGAUACACACUGGAGAAAAAUCCCAUAAGUGUGAAAUUUGUUUUAAGCAAUUUAGUCAUAAGGAACAUUUGAAAAAACAUUUAAGAGUGCACACUGGGGAAAAAACUUACAAGUGUGAAAUUUGUUUUAAACAAUAUACUCAACCAUAUGAUUUGAAAAGACAUUUGAGAGUGCACACUGGAAAAAAACUUUACAAGUGUGAAAUUUGUUUCAAUCGAUUUACUACAUCAAGUUCUUUGAAAUCACAUUUAAGAAUACACACUGGUGAAAAACCCCAUAAGUGUGAAAUUUGUGUUAAACAAUUUAUUGAAGCAAGUCAUUUGAAAAAACAUUUGAGAGUGCACACUGGAGAAAAACCUUACAAGUGUGAAAUUUGUAUCAAACGAUUUACUACAUCAAGUUCUUUGAAAAGACAUUUGAGAGUGCACACUGGAGAAAAAUCCCAUAAGUGUGAAAUUUGUUUUAAGCAAUUUAGUCAUAAGGAACAUUUGAAAAAACAUUUAAGAGUGCACACUGGGGAAAAAACUUACAAGUGUGAAAUUUGUUUUAAACAAUAUACUCAACCAUAUGAUUUGAAAAGACAUUUGAGAGUGCACACUGGAAAACAACUUUACAAGUGUGAAAUUUGUUUCAAUCGAUUUAGUACAUCAAGUUCUUUGAAAUCACAUUUAAGAAUACACACUGGUGAAAAACCCCAUAAGUGUGAAAUUUGUGUUAAACAAUUUAUUGAAGCAAGUCAUUUGAAAAAACAUUUGAGAGUGCACACUGGAGAAAAACCUUACAAGUGUGAAAUUUGUAUCAAACGAUUUACUACAUCAAGUUCUUUGAAAAGACAUUUGAGAGUGCACACUGGAGAAAAACCUUACAAGUGUGAAUUUUGUAUCAAACGAUUUACUACAUCAAGUUCUUUGAAAAGACAUUCGAGAGUGCACAGUGGAGAAAGACCUUAGAAGUAAAAUUUUUUUUAAGCAAUUUAUUCAAGCGAGGAAUUUAAGAAGGCAUUUGUGAGUACACACUGAAGAAAAGCAUUAUAAGUGUAAAAUUUGUUAAAAUUUGUUUUAAACAAUUUAGUCGAUCAUAGGGGAAACUGGGUAACAAUGAGACAUGGGUAACAGUGAGACACUUGAAAUGUCUUCUUCCCUUUUCGUCACGUGUAGAUAUCAUUACUUGUGCGUGCUUGCUGUAUUCAAGGUUACUUAUUUCUAUUAUUAUGUUUAGCGGCCGUGCAGUUUCAGUUUAGCAUUUAUCGUGAUUGAGUGUGUUUGGUGGGCACUACGUAAAAUAAUACAGGUGCUUUGAGAAUUUUUUAUAAAAGCAUGUUAAUUAUUAGGAUUUUUCUAGUAGUACUAUGGCAUUGUGUGUAGAUUAGUAAACAUGAUGCCAUAGUUUAGCAAUACAAACUAAGUUUUAAAUAAUAAAAAUACUGUUUUUUAAAUUUUAUGGCAAAUGGGUAACAGUGAGACGGGGUACAUUGAGACAUCUGUUACCCAGAUGAUAUAAAAAAAUUACUUUUUGUGUUUUUUUUACAAUUUUUAGUAAAAGACAUUAAGAUGAUAUCGCCAAGGCCAGUUUGUUAUAGUCAUACUAAACGGCAAAAUUCAUUUUUCUCAUUCGAGAUAAAUUUUAAUUCAAUAAAUAUUCCAGUUCUCAUGAGCAUUCUCAGUGCGUCACAAAUGAUAGAAAAAAGGUAAGUCCGUAUAACAUUUAUUCUAACAUGACAUUUUAGUCUGACAGUUGUCAGAUUUUAUUUGGAAUUUGGCAUAAAAAUAAAUCAAUUGUGUUUAUUUGCAUUUAUAAAAUGGUAUUUUCUUUGAUUCGUAUAGUCUUACCCUAAUAACACAAAAUAUUCCAGGAAUGUUCCUAGAAGGUACACACAGGACAUUAAAAACAUUCCUGGAAUGUCCCCAAAAGCACACGAACGUCCCUGGAAAGUCCCAGGAAAGUGCUGUGUCAGCAUUUUAAACAUUCCUUGAAUGUCUUGUUGGAACAUUCCAUGAAUGUCUACGAAUGUUCUUUGAACAUUCACAGUAUAUUGUUUAGACUGAAUGUCUUGUUGAAACAUUCCACGAAUGUUCUUAGGACAUUCAAAGUAUAUUUUUUAGACAUUCUCUGAAAUAUAUCGUCAGUGAUGUGACAAUACCUCCUAUAUGUUUUUUCAUGAGUUUUGCAGGAGACGAAAAACAUUUUUUACGGUCACCUCCUGUUUUCAUACGUAAGUUUUGACUUGUUUUGUAGUAAAUAGAUAGUUGAAUUUACUACAAAACAAAUCAAAAAAUAUAUGAAAACACGAGGUGGCCCAAACAAGUUUUUCAUCUACUACAAAAUUCAUGAAAAAGCAGAUAGGAGGUAUUGUCACAUCACCGACGAUAUACCAGAAGUACAGUAGGAAAAAUGAAAGAAUACCCAUGAACGAACAUAUAAAACACGCUGUAUUUUCCUGUCACCGUGUCACACAAAAAACUGGUCAGCACAAGUACAUGUAAUAAUUAUUGUUACUUGCACUGGACAAUUUUCUUUGUGACACGGUGACAGGAAAACACAGCGUGUUUUAUAUGUUCAUUCAUGGGUACUCUUUCAUUUUUCCGACUGUAUAUGUAGCCAUAUCAAAUAAUACAUCCUUGAUAAAUAUAAACAUUUUUAUUGCACAAAAUCUUGUCAUAUAUUUUUUUCCAUAAUCAUCACUACGAUGACGAUUCAUUGUAUUGAAUUGUUCAUUAGAAUUACAAUCUGGUCAUAACUCUGACCAAUGAGCAAUUUUAAUUUAACCUAAAUUACUACUGUUCCUUAAAAUGAAGAGCUUACCCAUAGCGUCUCUUAUCUAAUCUAACAGGCACACAAGCACUAUGCUCUGCUUUUCUAACCGCACUAUUCUAACAUGCACACAAGCAUUAUGCUCUGCUUUUCACUAUCACUCAAACUAGUUCAAAAGGCUUUGUCCUCUUCAAUCUUCUAGUUUGCCCAGUAGUAUCCAGGAGCUGGAUUUCCUCAAUACUCUUGUAGGUACUUACGUUGUUGCUUGUGACUUCCAACUUUACUCCAACUUUAAAAACAAAUCCAGCUGUAAAAUAUUUAUGUGCCUGAAGGCUUUUGUAUGCUUUCGUCUAUAAUAUCUAUAAUAGUAAUUUGGUGGAAUGCACUUUAUGGUAAAAUCCAAUUCUGACUGAAUUGUAUAUGGAUCUAAAUCCCCAAUUAUUUUCAGCUUCAAUAAAUAUCUAAAACAAUAAAAGAAAUAAUGUUAUUGCUUGCCAAAUUCAUCAAUAUUGAUAAAUAUCGGAGAAAAAUGAACAUUGAUAAAAAUUGUUUGCCCUACCUUUCUCCAAACAUCUGGUGUCUCCAAUAAUAAUUUCCUUAAAUAAUCACUUUGCAGUGUGGUAAACUUUAUAAAGUUCACAAAAUACAGCAAACGAAAUCCAAAUGAAUCCAAAAUAUGACGAUAAACAGUGAAAUGAUGAAAUGAAAUGAUAUUACAAACAUAACCUCUGUAACCUGUAUGCCUAUGCCAUGCCAACCAGAACCAGAAGUCACGUGGUUUGGAUUUGGAUUGCCUAAAUACAUAUUAUACACGCGCAGCAAAUUUGAAAAUGAAUGCAAAUUGAAUAGUAAAUGGCUUCUCUUAAAAUAUAGGACAUUGGUAGUAUGUUCAUAGAAUGUCUUGUGGUAACAUUCCACGAAUAACUUAAUCAGAUAUUCACCGAAUGUUCCUUGAAUGUCCAGUACAUUCAAACAUUAAUAGAACUUUGAUAGUACAUUCCUGGAAUGUUUUGUGUUGUUAGGGUAUAAAUUGUACAGAUUAUAUUCGUAGAUAUACCUAUUAUAUAAUUCGUAAAUAAUUUUUUUCGAUUAUAGCGCCAUCUAUCGACAACUAGAAUAAAUGUUAUAAAUGUCUGUAAUAACGGACGUGCCUUUUUUUCUGCCACAUACAAUUUAAUGCGUUAGAAAGAAAUACGAAAAACUGACUCACUGAAAGAUGCUCAUGAGAAAAAUAUUACUACAGUAUUCCAAUUCAUAUUUUUGUUAAAUUAGUACUUUGUAACUUAAAUUUGUUUUUUAUUUUUGUUUGGUUGUUUUUUUUCAUAUAAAUAAAUAUUUUGCUACUUAA